UGGAUGGAAAUCACACAAGCUGAUGACGUCAUUGUCAACAUGGUGGGCACGAGAUAGGAGGAAUCGAUUUCCUCUGAAAAUAUCUUGAACGGACGAUAAUCUAAAUAAUUAAGAUGGCAACAAGAAGUCUGACUGAAGUGUACAUACUUAUGCGGAACAAUGCACUACAAAACCGGCACAUUUUCUCGGAGCAGGUUCCUCUGAUAAAAGAUGCACAUGUGGUGGCAGAUGACCGUAUGGCACUGGUCAGUGGCCUUAGUACUGACCCAGAGGCUGGUAUUGGAGUGACCAAGCUGAGCAGGUUACCUCCUGAAUGGGUGGAUACAGUUGAAGAAUUCCAGUUUGAUAUUACAAGAAUAAAAGAAAAAAUGAAAGAACUUGUUUCAUUACACAACAAACAUUUAAACAGACCAACACUAGAUGACAGUAUAGAUGAGGAACAUGCCAUAGAAAUACAGACACAAGAAAUUACCAAGCUGUUUCACAGAUGUCAGAGGUUAGUACAACAGAUCAACAGUAAAGGCCAUUACGGUUCAGCCCAGGAGCAGAAACUCGCACAGAAUAUUGUAUCUUCACUGGUGAGGACGCUCCAAGACCUCACAGUGAAUUUCAGAAAAUCUCAAUCUAGUUAUCUAAAAAAGUUACAAUCCAGAGAGGAACGUUCCAAGCAUUAUUUUGAAACAGUCAACCUAUUAGGUCCAGAUUUUUCUGGUGUAGGUCCAGAGAAUGAAGAGGAUCUUUUAUAUGACAGAGGUUUCACCGAUGUGCAAUUACAAAGUGUGGAAGACAAUACAGUGGUAGUACAGCAACGAGAGCGAGAGAUAGCACAGAUAGUACGCUCUAUACAAGACUUGAAUGAGAUAUUUAAAGAUAUUGCUACACUUGUCACUGAUCAGGGUACAAUACUAGACAGAAUAGACUAUAACAUAGAAAAGACGUCAGUUCAAGUAGAUGAAGGACUCAAGCAGCUACAAAAGGCAGAAAAAUACCAAAAGAAAAAUAGGAAAAUGUUGGUUAUAGUUGUACUAGCUGUCAUUGUCAUACUGUUACUGAUAAUACUGAUAGCAGUCAAAUCCCAUCACUAGUAUCUACAGUAAUUGCAUCCAAGUGAUGUAGCUUAAAAUAAUUCCAGUUGCCAUGGGAAUGUCGCCAAAUAUUUUUUACUCCCUGAGGAAAAAAGCUCAAUAUCAGGUGCUUGCCAUUUGCACUAACAAGCUAAACGCAUGUGCUGAUAACAAAGUGAAGAGUCCAAGCUUAACGUACCAUUUUCCUGUAAUGUGGGAGUUCUAGUGGUGGCUUUCACAAAACGAAAGAGAUACUCCAUGGUUGAACCACAAAACAGCUGGACUGUGGCUGUGUGACUCUUUAUGGGAAUUUUUUGUGAAAAGGUUGAAGACUGCGAAGGUUUUGGACUUUGACUCAUAGCCAGUAUGAGUUUGGAACACUUCCAAGAAUAUCAUUUAUAUAUUUAUUUAUUUAUUAUUUUUUUGAAAAAUGAAUGAUUGAAACACAAAAUAAUGAUGAAUGAAAGCUCUAGUUGGUACUCUACAAACUUAGAGAAAAUUCAUUUUAUUUAUUGUCCAAAAUGUAGUAUUGUUAAACCCCAAAGACAUGCAUGUUCUGAAAAGUUAGAUGAGUUUAAAUCAGAAAUUACUUUUUGGCAUUAACUAAAAUAGACAAAGAUAAAUGCAAUAUUGGUGCAUACAAAAUGUUCCAACUUUCAAAUUGUUAGCAUUUACUUAAAAAGAAUCAAUUACAGGUCUUGAAAAAGGUAAACAUAAGUUCAGGAACUACAAAUAUGCCUUCCUCAAAAGGAAUUGUAUGUAUAUGUAAUAUUUAACAUCAUAUGUUUUAAAGGAGGAGGUCAGUUUAUGUACUAGGGUAUUUUCUGUCUACAUAUCUAUGGAAGAGAUGUUUCCGUCUUUACAUAUCCUGCAUGCUUAUAUUUCUAUUGAAAACUAUCACUGCGGGUAUUAUAAGCUAGGUAAAAAUACUCCUCAUUAAGAGUUUCAUGGUGUGUUGUAAUCUUUACAGCCAGCAAUUUGCCAUUUUUCAUGGUAGAUCCACUAGGAACUUACCCACUACCAGAUUGAUUUUUCAUUAGAUAUUCACAGAUAUGUCUCUGGUUAAAUUCAUGGUUAUUCUUUGUACUUGGCGAAAAUGCCCGCAUAAUGAUAAGUAUGGCCCUGGAAGAGAGUACAAGAAAUUGGCUUUUCCUAAUGGAGCCUGAAAAUCAGAGUGGUGCUUUAUAGAAGAGGGAAAUGAAUUCUGUUUCUGCUGAACCAUUUUUUCCACUGGUAAAAUUUGUAAACAAAGUAUUACAAUUAAUGCAAUUCAAUGUAUAGGCAAAUUGUACAGCUUUAACUGCAGUCUGGAAAAGAGACUCGAUGCCAGUUGUUAUAUUGGGAUAUUUUGAUGGGACCUGUGACAGAUUUGAUAUUUUUAACAGCAUUUAUUUUCGACUGCUUUGGUUUAAAUAUACCAAGUGUCAUUCAAUGGUCAGUUCAGUCGGUAGCGUACAUCCUGGUGUUCUUAGUGCUUAUUUUGACUCCUCAAACCUUCCUUGUUAUACUAUUACAAAGUUCCCAAUGCACUUUGAACCGGGGGGGGACAAACUAAGUCGGGUUGGUCUUCGUAUGUUAAAAUUUUAGGGAAAAAAUGAAAAAAAAAAAUCUUUGAAAUGCAGCCUCUAUGCCUAAUGUAUAUCAGAUGCGUUUCCAAACGUUACCAAACAAGCGGGAAUAUAUGCUGAUGUGAAAACUAAGCUCAGAAGACGACUGUGGAACUCGGGCCAGCAAAAUGGCAUGACGUCCUUGGCAUUGUACUCAUGAAACCUUGUUAGAACAUUGUUGUUGGGAUAUAAUUUAAAAGUAAGUGCAAUAAUUGAAUAGAAAUUAGAAUUAAGAUUUGUGUUAUAAGAAACGCGGAGGAUACAGGGUGGCGUACAUUUAAUUUAUUUUAUGGUUUACGGGGUUGGUAGGCCUACGACAGGAGAAAGUCGUGUUACGUUUUAUGAUUAUUUGUCAGUAGGCACUGCGUACCGUUGGUGUAUAACGUGUUUGUUAAGGGAACACGGUGCCUGAAUUCGGUGAUCUACUUCAGAUUUUAUUAUCUUAUAAUGUUUAAAAAGGAAAAAAAUGUA